CUCACUUCAUUGUCUGCACCAGCACUUCACUCCAAAUUGGUCUUUGUUUUCUAGUGCCUAUAUAUAUUCUCCCUCGCAUGUCUUUUCUCGAGGAUGGAGGCUUUUGUGUUUGUGUUCAUGUCCCUUAUGUUGUGUGGUUGUGCUGUUAGUAAAGAGUGCACAAACAUUCCUACACAGUCUCACACAUUAAGGUUCGAGUUAUUGGCAUCCAAGAAUGAAACGUGGAAGGCAGAGAUGAUGUCUCACUACCAUUUGACGCCAACGGAUGAGUCUGCAUGGGCUGAUUUGCUGCCAAGGAAGUUGUUGACGGAACAACACCAAAAUGAAUGGGGGGCUAUGUAUAGGGAAAUUAAGAACAUGGGUGUGUUCAAUGCACCUCAAGGCUUUCUUAAAGAAGUGCCUCUUCAGGAUGUAAGGUUGCAUGAGGAUUCCAUCCAUGGUAGAGCACAACAGACAAAUUUGGAGUAUCUGUUGAUGUUGGAUGUUGAUCGUUUGCUUUGGAGCUUCAGGAAGACAGCUGGUCUAGCCACUCCUGGGAAACCUUAUGGAGGGUGGGAAGAUCCAAAUAAUGAGCUCAGGGGUCAUUUUGUUGGGCAUUACUUGAGUGCAUCAGCUCUAUCGUGGGCAGCCACACAGAAUGAUACCCUGAAGCAGAAAAUAUCAUCCCUUGUUGCUGGUCUGUCUGCCUGUCAGGAGAAACUUGGAACUGGAUAUCUUUCUGCAUUUCCAUCUGAGCUCUUUGAUCGAUUUGAAGCUGUUCGACCUGUUUGGGCUCCCUAUUAUACCAUUCACAAGAUCUUGGCUGGUCUCUUGGAUCAAUAUACUUUUGCUGGAAACCCCCAAGCUCUAAAAAUUGUAACAUGGAUGGUUGAUUACUUCUACAAGAGAGUGCAGAAUGUAAUAACAAAGUACACAUUAAAUAGACACUAUGAAUCACUGAAUGAGGAAACUGGAGGAAUGAAUGAUGUCCUAUACAGACUAUAUAGCAUAACUGGGGAUUCUAAGCAUCUAUUGUUGGCUCACCUUUUUGACAAGCCGUGCUUUCUAGGGUUGCUUGCAGUGCAGGCUAAUGACAUAGCUGAUUUUCAUGCUAAUACGCAUAUUCCAAUUGUUGUUGGAUCUCAAAAGCGGUAUGAAAUCACAGGCGAUCCACUUUAUAAGGAAAUUGGAACAUUCUUUAUGGACCUCGUAAACUCUUCUCACAGCUAUGCAACUGGAGGAACAUCAGCCGGCGAGUUCUGGGUUGAUCCCAAGAGAUUAGCAGACACUUUAGGAACAGAGAAUGAAGAAUCAUGCGCAACUUAUAAUAUGUUGAAGGUUUCGCGCCACCUGUUUAGAUGGACCAAAGAAAUCUCUUAUGCAGACUAUUAUGAACGUGCCUUAACCAAUGGUGUUCUCAGCAUUCAAAGAGGAACAGAUCCUGGAGUGAUGAUUUAUAUGCUUCCACUGGGUCGUGGGGUUUCCAAGGCUAAAUCUUAUCAUAGUUGGGGAACACCGUUUAACGAUUUCUGGUGCUGCUAUGGGACAGGAAUUGAAUCAUUCUCAAAGCUGGGGGAUUCUAUCUAUUUCGAAGAGGAAGGAAAAAGUCCAACACUUUACAUCAUUCAGUACGUAUCAAGCUCAUUUAAUUGGAAAUCUGGCAAAAUUUUGAUCAAUCAGACAGUUGUUCCAGCUGCUUCAUGGGAUCCUUACCUACGAGUGACAUUUACAUUUUCUCCUGUCGAGAGUACUUUGUCUACAUUAAACUUUAGACUACCAAGUUGGACUCGUCUGGAUGGUGCCAAGGGAACAUUAAAUGCUGAAAAUUUAUCUCUGCCAACUCCAGGGAACUUUUUGACAAUCACAAGACAAUGGAAUGCUAGUGAUCAGUUGACCCUUCAGCUGCCCCUUACCACAAGAACAGAAGCCAUAAAAGAUGACAGGCCUAAAUAUGCAUCAGUUCAAGCAAUUCUGUAUGGUCCUUAUCUUCUGGCCGGUCAUUCAAACGAUACGGAUUGGGACCUUAAAGCCGGGGCCAACAAUGCAAACUGGAUUACUCCUAUUCCUGCCACUUAUAAUAGUCAACUUGUUUCUUUAUUCCAAGACAUUGGAAAGGUAACUUUUGUUUUGGCAAAUUCAAACCAAUCUCUUGCAAAGCAAAAAUUGCCUAAAGCUGGCACUGAUUCGGCUGUUCAAGCAACCUUUAGGCUUGUCCCACAAGAAUCUUCCCCAAAAUUUUCAACAUUGGCAGAUGCUAAAGAUAGACCAGUGAUUUUAGAACCAUUUGAUCUUCCUGGCAUGAAUGUGAUUCACCAAGGAGCAGACAAACCUCUUCUCAUUGCAGAUUCAUCCAAUGGUGGGCCAUCUUCUGUUUUUCUUGUGGUACCAGGAUUGGAUGGUAGAAAUAAAACCAUAUCUUUAGAAUCCCAAAGCAACAAGGGCUGUUACAUAUAUAGUGGUGUGAGCUCUAAUGCAGGAGUUAAGCUCAGUUGCCAAUCUAAUUCUGAUGCUACUUUUAAGCAAGCAACAAGCUUUGUUUCUCGUCAAGGAUUGAGCCAAUACCAUCCUAUCAGUUUUGUGGCUAAAGGGGCAAAGAGGAAUUUUCUUUUGGAGCCAUUAUUCUCAUUCAGAGAUGAGUACUACACAGUUUAUUUCAAUAUUCAAGGUUGAUACAUCAAUUAAAAUAAUCAGUGUAGUGAGCUUGGUCUAUACAUGCUCAAGGAAUCGAUAUUCAAUUGUAGAAAGAAUUGUUGGUGAAUAAUAUAUCUUCCUUUGUUCA